AUGGCACCACUGCCCAAUGGUAUUUACGGACACACUCCUGCAACGGACUAUUGUGCCAAGUACCUGCCGGUAUACCAGGAAAAGCUGGCAAAUCUCACCAAAGAAAACGACAUUUGGAGAAUCAAAGAGCUGAACCGCUCAUUGGAAAUCCAAUGCCCCAGCAGCGCUCAAGUGAACUUCAAUGCUUGGCGCCCCAUCCGCGGUCAGUGCGUGCCAUACCGCAAGGAGCAGCAGAGCUGCUUUCAACAACAAGACCUGGCGCCAGCUUUCAAAGGUCCAUUGGAACCACGGUACAAGUUGGAUGAGAAGGGCUUUCCCAUGGAGCGGCCUCUCGCCUGUGCACCCGACCUCACCUGCACAGCGCCCAACUUCAAUGUGUUGCCCAGUACCUGCGUGCAGAAGCGGCCAAAGGAUGUUUGCUUCUAUGGUCCAUGGUGGGAUUCGAGUGACUGUCCUCGUGAUCAGAUGAAGGCACCUGGAUUGAGCCUCGAUCUCACCUUGCAAGCCCUGGUUUCAGCGGCACUUCUCUAUCCUGGGGAGAUUGCCUCCAUGGGAACCUGUGCUUAUUGGGACCGCACCACUGAGUUGGGCAAAUCCGUGCUGCGAGUGCGCGCACAGGUAUACCAGAUUGCAGUAGAGCUCUGGCCGCACCUGGUGCUUAAGCAAGGACCACCCAGUCUAGAGGAGCUCUCAGAAAUGCUGCCAGAUCCUUUCGAGUACUUGGUGAAGGAGAAGCACAUGAGUUAUCGAGAAGCCUCGAAGGCAUGUGUCAAACUGGCGAAAGACAAAACUUCCAAGGUGGCCGAGUUGUUGGCGGAGGCUUCAAUUUUGUCCGCGCAGCCCAACAAGGUGGGUGUCAUCGAGCAGUUCGGGCUCCCACCGUUGUCUGGGGGAUUGGAGAUCGCGCAUUGGUGGCACCACGCGCACAAUGUGGCCUCGGAACAUGUGGCCACCACGCGU